AUGACUGCGCCAGUGACGAAACGCCCGGCAACGAAAUGGGCCCAACGACGCACCCACUUGUUCAUCACGUUCGAGGUCGACUCGGCCGAAGAUGUGAAGCUCGACGCCACGCCCACCACCCUGCACUUUUCUGCCGCCAACGGUGCCGAGAAUUACGACGUCGAGCUCGAGUUCUUCGAGCAGAUCGACCCCGAGUCCGUGCAACGCUCCCAGGGAACCCGUUUCGUUGAGAUCACGGUGAUCAAGAAGGAGGAAAAGUGGUGGCCCCGACUACAGAAGAGCUCGGCCAAGUGUCACUGGUUGGCCACCGACUACAGCAAGUGGAAGGACGAGGAUGAGGUCUCGGAGGAAGAGGGCGAAGAGCCCAUGAUGCCCGGAGGCGGUGGAAUGCCCGGCAUGCCUGGCGGCUUCGACCUGGCGAAGUACAUGCAACAAGCGGGCGCUGGAGGUCUCGGCGGAAUGGGAGGAGCCGAUUUCGAUGGACUCGGCGACGAUGAUGAUGAAGAUGGAAUGCCGGACCUUGAGGAUGCGGAUGAGGAUGAUGAUCAGAAGCCCGGGACGGCAGCCAGCCAUGCC